GGGCGGCGUUCUUGAAUAUUCCCAACAAAAUAAUCGUUGUUUUAUCUUUUAGGUGACGAGGUCAUCAGUAUUUAACGGGGCGUACAGUUGUAGAUAUACAUGUAGCUUAGAAUAUGAUCGAACAACCUCUGUGUCCCGUUUCAGCUUUUAAGAAAGUUUGAUGAAAGCAAGUCUCAAUACAAAAAUACAGUUUAACAGUUGAGUCCGGAAGCAGGGCGGGAUCUCGGCUCUUUAUAAACAUGGCCGUUAAGUCCUGUACAGCACUAGGUACUGCGUUUGGCUGAAGUACUUAGACGUUGAGAAAGUCACUGAGAGGAACUAACGCAGUAACAGGUGGAAAGAAAAUGUAGACAUACAACGGGUGUCUCUAAGUUAUGGUUAUUGUUUUAUGUCUGCCCGGAAACGGCAUUCAUAAACUUUAUGUAGUACUUUAUGCUAGCAAGCUAAACAAGCUAACACCGACGUCUCUACGUUAACUUCUGUCAACUUUUCCUGCCAGCUAGGUGAUCUGCUAUUUGUCUGCCUGUCGCAAUGGAGAAAUGCCGUUCCUCGCCCAGCCUGUCUCGAUGAAUAUUUUACGCACGGACGUCUCGGAUUUACUCAGCUAAAGGCUGACCUAAACUUUCUUGGAGGCUUCCUUUUGAAUCGUUUUCCCCACUGACAGCAUCCAAGCGCUUGUUACGGAUUAUUACCGAGAGGGCGGACAUAAACAAUGUUUUCUGGCAAAACCACGAAACCAACCUUCAAGUCUUAUCUUCCACCUGUACAGACUGAAGUGAAGAAAACUAUUGAUCCACCUAUUAAAAAGUUGGACCCUAAGUUACUUCCAGGGGAGAUAGUAGUUAAUGAAGCAAACUUUGUAAGGAAAUGCAUCAGUACUAAAAACAGCCAGGAUGACCUUUGGGGGAGGUUGAUUUGCACCAACUUUAAGGUUUCCUUCAUCCCUCAGGAUGUCCCAAUUAAACAGAAGCCCCAGUUGUCCCACCUGUUGCUUGGACAGCAUGACAUCCCAUUGACCUGUCUGGAGCAAGUAGUUACAGUGAACGAUACAAAGGGAAAAAAGAAAGUAUUGGGGUCAAACCAGAAGCUAAAGUUCAACCCCACUGAGCUCAUCCUGUACUGCAAAGACUUGCGCAUCAUAAGGUUCUGCUUUGAUGAGGCUGGGCCUGAGAGUGCCAAAAAGGUUUGCCUUGCUAUUGCCCACUAUUCCCACCCAGCUGAUCUCCAGCUACUGUUUGGUUUUGAGUAUCAAGGACGGCAGUACCAUGAGUCUAAAGGGAAGCGAGUCAAUGGCUCCAUCCCUCGUGGAAGAUUACAAACUGCUAUUUUUGACCUUCCGUCUGACUGGGAUCGGGAGAUCAAAAGAACGGGUGCUUCAGAGUGGAGAGUGUGCUCCAUCAACAAGGGUUAUGCCAUUUCACCAAGUCUUCCAGAGUACAUUGUUGUCCCAGUUUCUCUGGCGGAUCAAGAUCUGAAGCAGUACUCUGUGUUCUUCACUGAUAACCGAAUCCCUCUCUGGUGCUGGAAUCACACCAAUGGAAGUGCUCUUGCCCGCAUGGCCUGCAUAGCUGAUCCCUUACAACAGAAGAAGAUUGAGCAUAAGCUCUUCAGUGCCAUCACAAAAAGCCAUCCACAGUGCAGUGAAGUCUUCAGGUCAGAUCUGGACAAGUGUCUGCCUAACAUCCAGGACAUCCAGAGUGCUUUCCUAAAAAUCAGGCAGAUCUGCAUCAUCGAUCCAUUUGAGGAAUCUGAGGAGAGGUGGCUUUCAUCCAUUGAAAACUCACGUUGGCUGGAAUACGUCAGGGCCUUUUUGAAACACUCAGCUGAGAUAGUGUACCACCUGGAGGGAAAGAACGCUUCAGUCAUUCUCCAAGAGAGAGAAGACAGAGACCUGAACUGUGUAGUGUCCUCACUGGUGCAGCUCAUGUUGGACCCUCACUAUCGCAGCCUCACAGGCUUUCAGAGUUUGGUGCAGAAGGAGUGGGUGAUGGCUGGCCAUCGCUUCUUAGACAGAUGCAACCAUUUAAAGAAGAAUGACAGCGAGGAGUCUCCACUCUUCAUGCUGUUCCUGGACUGUGUGUGGCAGAUAAUGAACCAGUACCCAGCAGCUUUUGAGUUCACAGAGGCCUAUCUGUCAGUACUGAGUGAUAGCAUGUGGAUCCCACUCUUUAGUACUUUCCUUUUCAACUGUCCCAAACAGCGUGCCCAACUCUUGAUGGACUUUGCCAAGAAUAAAGCCAUCCCACAAGGAGAAGACCAGACUGUGUUUUUCCCCCCUGUCUGGGACUGGUCACAGCAGUUCUCCACAAAAGACAUAACCCUCUUUAACAACCCUAUGUACAUAGGCAAAGGAGCUGCCUGUGUUCAGAAUGGGGAAGUGAAAACCUUCAGACGCUCAAAGAAAAGCUACAGUCUCAUGUCACGAGGACCAUCUCUGCGUAAUGGACUGAAGGAUGGAGAGGAUCCACAGACCCGUCGGGGCUCGAUGGUGUCAGAGCUGAAGCCUGAUUUCUCACCAGUGAAAGAUGAAAGCCCAUCAGAGCUCUUCUUCAGGGACUGGUUCACUCGACCUGCUGACCAGCAGGGCCUCCUGAUUCCCCUGCUCAUGCCCUCACACAUGGCUCUCUGGAAGCUCUUCUUUCUGCGCUGGGUUCCUGAAGCCUGCAUUCCCAAAGGAGGCUCCAUCACCGCCUACCGCAAGCUCUCCCAGCUGGUCGAUGAAAUUGAUAUACUGCAGAGCCAGAUCAGGCAGUAUAAGGGACCAAGUUCAGGCAGCUCACCGCUUCCCAGCCCAAGUGGUCCCGCUUCAGACCAAAGGAGGAUGUAUUUUAAGGCCAGUUCCCCAUGUAACCCCCCUACACCUCCAGACUUCCUUACCUCCUCUUUUCCUUUCACCCCAAUGGGAAACCUGUGUCGCCGCAGUCUCCAUGGGACUCCCAUUAGCAAAUUUAUGAAUGGGGCGAAGAUCUGGCUCUCUACGGAGACUCUUGCUAAUGACACUCUGUGAGGAUGUGGGGCUAUAGGGCUUAUUUUUAUGAGCCUAAUACAGAGUUAACAGCCAAUUAUCUUAUUUUCUAUUACCUCUUUCUUAAAUAACAAGAAAGAAAAUGAGAAAUAGAAAAACAUAACUUUGGACUUCUGAUUUUAAUUAUUUAUAAGCUAAAAUUUGCACCACUGUUGCUGCAGUGAAGUCUGAGUGUCAUCUAUAGGACUGAAUCAUUGUCCAUUACAGUUGAGGAAUUCAGAUUCACUGAAGUACAUCGUCCUUAUUGGCCAGUGAGUUAUUACUGUGAGUCUCAUCUGACUGUGAAACGUGGUCAUUUUUAUGACAGAUUUAUUUUCUUGUCUACUUAAGCUUAGGUCUUUCUCAAGAUUUAGCUUCGCUACAUGCUCUGUUAUUUACUGAGCUUACUGUAUGACCCGAGAUUUUAAUACUGAGCUGAGAUGAGGUUCAGAGCUCCCUUUCCAAGAUUUUUCUGUGCUUCAUAGAAUGUUUUAAAACAAUAAAAAAAAUAAAACUAUUUAAGUAUGUGUGUAACACUGCCAUCAGCCAAGUUCUUUCUUUUGAAUUCUCAAUGGUCAGUAAGAUUUCUCCACUGUAAUGGAAUAAUGAUACUUGAAAUUAGAACGUGCUCAUUUUACUGCAGCAGCAAUGAUGCAUUUCACUGAACACCGACUCUGUUUAGUAGUGCUUUCCAAGAAAUCUGAUUGAUUGAAGAUGUAAUAUUUUACCUGGUAUUUUCAUUUCAGAAAGAGGAACAGAAAAUAACACUGCUAACAUGUUUUUUUGCUAUAUGGUAAAAGAGGAUUUGGCCUGGUUGAAUGUAAUUUUUUUUUUAUGCACAGACUAAAUGCUAUUCUUUCCAGGUGCCCAUAUUUUAAUGGUUGGUUUGAGGUUUCACUGUCAGUGUGAUUUCAGGGUCUUAUUUUGUAGAUUUACUCUAUUUUCCAAGCAGAGAUAAGGGCCUAUACUUUUUAGUAUCACACUGAGGGGAAGGUGGAGGUGUGGGAACUUCAAUCUGUGGUAGGUAUUUCUGCUUCUCUUUUGAAGGGGUUUUAUAAAAUGUUUAUAGAGGCCUUCUGGUAAGGCACCAAGGAAAAACUGUACAGAUUAAAAGUUGCUUAAUGGGUAAAUAUUUGAAAGCAAAGGGAUAUACAAGAGCUUUGACACAAACCAGUCCCUAGUUUAGUCUGUAGUGAAUAUUAGAUUUCAGGAACAGAAGUUAUAGAUCAUUGACUGUAUAUAAAUAUGGACCGCGCAUCACCACUUCUCUCGGCUAUGCAAAAGAGAAGCCAAAAUUCUGUGAAUCCACUGCCAUCUUGACAUUUUGCAACCAAAUUUUUGCACAAGUGACAGUAAUUGAGUGAUGUAUCAAACUGCUAAUCAGAGCAGCCAAAUCAUCUGAAAUACGCCCAUUUUUAUAUCAACAUAUUAAAAACAAACUUGCCAGAAACAUGACUUCUGCACACAUCAGUGUGAUAAUAUCUACCAGACUUGACAGAACUCAUCUCUAGGAAAAAUGUAUUUGAUUUCUACUUUGAGUUUUUAGUUUGGCUUGUGUCCCGUCCACUAACAGGGAGGGGACGGGAUGUAUGACUUGUACUGCAACCAGCCACCAGGGGGCAGUCGACUUGUGGUGGCUUCACUUCUUGGAGCUGUCAGACUGUUUUAUAGAGUUAAUUGUACAGAUCCAGUGAACACGAUCAUGAUGGGUAGAUGGCACUUUCAAGGCAGCAUGAAAUCAUAUGGAUGUCAAGUGUCAUAAGUACACCAUAUGUGUAAUUUUCACAGUAAGGUCAGAUGUCUGCAAAGUGAUGGUAGAGAGUGAGAAUCACUGAAAGAAUUAAAUUAUACACUGUUAAACAUAGAUCAUAUAACAAUUUUUGUAAUGCUUUUCUUUCUUGAUAACCCUACCCUGCACACACACACAC